AUGAACACAAAACAAAAAAAAAAUUUUGAAACAUUAAACAUAGAAAACGACAAAACUAAAAAAAAACAGUUAAAAUCUUCUUUUAAAAGUAAAGAAGAUAAAGAAAAUAUAACUAAUUCAGAAAACGAGUUUUCAUCUGACGACAGUGGUAUAGACCCCAAUUACAACCAGGAUACUAAAAAUAUUUCUGCCUCUGAUUCUGACGAAUACGAAACUAUUUCCAAUAAACGUAAAUUUGCUAAAAAUGAUUUACAGUCGAAGAGAUCAAAAUACGAAAAUGAUGUUCAACUUGCCCGAAAAACGUCUUACCAACAAAAAAAAGUAUCACCUAUGAUCAUCUAUGAUAUACCAUCCAAUGAAAAAACCAUUCCCUUUUUAAGGAAUCGUCCUCUGAGUAAUUCUUCUUCGAGUGGAUCUUCGUCGAGUGGUUCUUCGUCGAGUGGUACCUCGUCCAGUGUUUCUACAUCGAGUGGUUCUUCACGCAGUUGGUCGCCUAAUACCAGGCCUUUGGCAGACAAUCAAACCACUGAUACUCAGAUUUCUGACAAACCUUUGGUGCCCUCAUUAUCGUAUUUGUGCCGAAAAAUAGUAUCUGCAAGCAAGACCUCUUCAGGCUCUAAAACCAAAACUAACUCAUAUAAGUUGAUUGAUGAAACUAGUCUCGCACAGUCUCUUAACCAAGAGAUCUCGGAUGAAGAAGAUACUUCUGGCGAGGAUUGCAGCGACGUCGAACCUGAUAUUACCGACGAUCUAGUGCAGAUUGAAGAGUGUGAAUCGGAGUCUGAAAUUGAGGGUGAUUACGAUCUAAAUGGCUUGCCGGAACCAACAGCCUCUUCAAAGUUCCAAUCUCCAUCCAUGAGGAUGAUAAUAUUCCGCUUCCGCGCUUACAGUCUUUACCUCUAG